ACAACAUCCGAGCUUGCAGCAUACAUCGAUUAUCGUUACUGGGGCACGGAGGUGACGCUCCGGUUGUUGGCAAAAAUUAUUCAACGCGAAAUCUUUGUGGUCGUUGCGCCUUCGGGACUGGACGACGCUAGCUAUCUAAUCUUCCAGCCAGAUGAAGUAGAAAACUUGGGCGAGACUUUCUCAUCAGUGAAGGAACGCAACUACGAAGGGAAGAAACCAAAGGGAUGGAUCAAGCGGCUUCAA